UCGCGGACUGCCAAGUUUAUUAUAAACACUGCGCGAGCUGGCCGGUGCGCUGUCAUACGGAGCGCAAAGCGAGGUGGUCAGGCAGGGAGCGAGAGAGAAGCUGAUGUGGAUGGAAGAGGCCGCUACUGAUACUGAGAGAGAAAAGAAAUAAAGAGAUUUCAGGAAUAUUGCUGUCAAGGAAGAGAGAAACACGUGAAGAAAUAAAUAUAUAGUCAAAGAACACCCUGCUUUGACUGAAAACAAGAAAACCAAAUUGGAGAGAGGGACCGCUAACUCGGGGACCUAAAGCUGGUCCUAGGCGAAAUUAGAAAAACUGAACUCAUUCUGUGGUGUUUUUCCAGCUUCAACUUUUUAAAUCCUCUCGAAUCCUGAGAAGUACAUUUCAUCAAGCGCUCGCCCAGAGUUGUCGUUCUCGCGUCUCCAUGUAUAAAAUGGAUUACUCCUACCUGAACUCAUAUGACUCGUGCAUGGCGGCCAUGGAGGCAUCGGCCUACGCGGACUUCAGCUCCUGCAGCCAGGCCAGCUCGUUCCAGUACAACCCGAUCCGGACCGGGUUCGGUGCCAACCCGGGCUGCGCGCCCCUCAGCACCGCGAACUGCACACUGGGGUCCCUGCGCGAGCACCAGCCCACACCCUAUUCCACAGUUCCAUAUAAGUUCUUCUCGGACCCUUCCGGUUUGAACGAGAAGCGGAAGCAGCGGCGCAUAAGGACUACCUUCACGAGCUCACAGCUGAAGGAGCUGGAGCGCGUGUUCGCAGAGACCCACUACCCCGACAUCUACACGCGCGAGGAGCUUGCACUCAAGAUCGACCUUACUGAGGCGCGGGUACAGGUAUGGUUCCAGAACCGGCGGGCUAAGUUCCGUAAGGUGGAGCGUGCGGCCAACUCUAAAUCUGGUAACGGGACCGGGGGCCCAGGAGGGAACAAUGGCUGUACCGGGGGUAAAAAGGGCGAGCCCAGAUCUUCCUCGGAUGACGACGAAUCAAAAGAGUCCACCUGCAGUCCCACCCCUGACAGCACCGCCUCGCUGCCCGGCUCAGCCAAUGGGAACAUGGGUAGCCCCGCCAGCCUCAGCCCCAGCCCCGCCCCUGCUAACAGUGGCUACGCUAACACCUCCAGCUCCCCCAUUCUGCAGGGGCUCAAACCCCCUGGCUGGCCCAGCCUAGGCCCCACUAACCCAGGAAUGGCCCAACCCACAGCCCAUGCUCCAGAGCUGCUGAAGGCGUGGCAGCCAGCAGACAGUAUGACAGGGCCUUUCGCUGGCGUGCUCUCCUCCUUCCACCGGAAACCCAAUGCUCUCAAGACUAACCUGUACUAGAGACAAUGAACAGAGAUCUCUAGUAUAACUACUGUAUAUCUAUACAGACUAUCUGUACUAGAGACAAUGAACAGAGAUGUCUAGUAUAACUACUGUAUAUCUAUACAGACUAUCUGUACUAGAGACAAUGAACAGAGAUCUCUAGUAUAACUACUGUAUAUCUAUACAGACUAUCUGUACUAGAGACAAUGAACAGAGAUCUCUAGUAUAACUACUGUAUAUCUAUACAGACUAUCUGUACUAGAGACAAUGAACAGAGAUCUCUAGUAUAACUACUGUAUAUCUAUACAGAAUAUCUGUACUAGAGACAAUGAACAGAGAUCUCUAGUAUAACUACUGUAUAUCUAUACAGAAUAUCUGUACUAGAGACAAUGAACAGAGAUCUCUAGUAUAACUACUGUAUAUCUAUACAGAAUAUCUGUACUAGAGACAAUGAACAGAGAUCUCUAGUAUAACUACUGUAUAUCUAUACAGACUAUCUGUACUAGAGACAAUGAACAGAGAUCUCUAGUAUAACUACUGUAUAUCUAUACAGAAUAUCUGUACUAGAGACAAUGAACAGAGAUGUCUAGUAUAACUACUGUAUAUCUAUACAGACUAUCUGUACUAGAGACAAUGAACAGAGAUCUCUAGUAUAACUACUGUAUAUCUAUACAGACUAUCUGUACUAGAGACAAUGAACAGAGAUCUCUAGUAUAACUACUGUAUAUCUAUAUUCUCCUUCCCCCUCUAUCUACUGCCCCCCUGGAGCAGGACUACCCCUUUCAUUUAUUACCCCCAUCACUCCAUGUGGCAGUUGUAGUUUGUGAAUGUGUGAGUGUUUAUGUUGAAGUGUGUGUAACAUGCAUCUCGUACGGGGAGUGUGUGUGUGUGUUUCUGUAUGUGUGUGUGUGUGUGUAUGUGUGUGUAUGUGUGUGUGUGUGUGUGUCAGAUGUUCUGUAUGUUCUCACUCCAACAAAGCUACACAUACUCCCCCCCAACACACACACUAUACACAGUACGAAAGGCCUUAGCAGACAUUGUGGUGCACUUAGUAACACUAGCUCCUAGCCCCUGUACCCCCUGAUUAGUAUGUGAAUAUGGCAGGGUGAAGGUAAACAGUCAGUCUCCCUGGGGAGACUCAGGGGACAAAACCCAAACUGUUACCAGCAAGCACAACUUCCUUUAUAUCCCUGGCAGAGAGAGGGGACCCCCAAAUCCAAUUAUCCCCCUGAAGGCCAGACCAGACCCCCGCUCACAUCCUCACUACACCCCACGCCAGUGUACCCCGACACAACUCCUACUGUCAGACAACCCCCCGCCACCCCGAUCCCCGUUUCCCUGACUACCAGCUCAAACAUCUCACAUAUACGUAUUCCUUUACCCUUCACAUAGCAACGCUCCCUCCCUGACUGACUGGCUGGCUGGCUGGCUGGCUGACUAGCUGGCUGAUUGGCUGGCUGGCUGACUAGCUGACUGACUAGCUGGCUGACUGGCUGGCUGACUAGCUGACUGACUA